GUGAAAGCGCCUUCAGCAUAAACAAAUCCAGCACUCUCCCAAGACGAAUCAUUUGCCAGCUGAAGGAAAGGCCUGGGUUUAUGGUUUCACUUGGAGCCAGAGGGAGACACUCCGGCUGGACCAGCCGGACCAGGCAUCGGUGGAGAGCACUGCAGCAAAACAAGAUUCUCUGAAGAUGUUAUUUACCUGGUACCUUUCAGAGUAAUCAUAAGCAAAAAGAGGGGUGUCAGCUGUGAGGUCUGGAGUGUGGGUGGCCUCCCUUUCCAACCUUCACUGAGUGAUAUUCUCGGUGAGACCCACACACAUCACGGUGAGUGGACACAGAUGCUCUAAGUCUCGGAGCUGCCACAGUUAAACCCUCCAGCACAUGCUCCCUCUUGGGACGUCUCCCCCUCUCUGCAGGAUGGAUGAGGAGUCAGCAGACGGGCUGCUCUUCAAAGACCGUGACUUCUCCUCUGACUUGUUGAGGCAGCUCAACGGCUUAAGACAAAACAGAAUCCUGACUGAUGUGAUCGUCUGUGUGGAGGCCUGGGAGGUCCCCUGCCACCGGAACGUGCUGGCCUCCAGCAGCCCCUACUUCAGGGCCAUGUUCUGCAGCAACUUCCGGGAGAGUGGAGAGGCCAAGGUCCAGCUGAGAGGCAUCGACUCCACGACGCUGGACCAGCUCAUCCUGUAUGUGUACACUGGGGAGGUGCACAUCACGGCUGAGAACGUUCUGCCCCUGAUGGAGGCUACCUCCAUGCUGCAGUACCCCAAGCUCUUUGAGGCCUGCUCCUCCUACCUGCAGAGCCAGCUGACGCCCAGCAACUGCCUGGGCAUGGUCAGACUCUCGGAGAUCUUGAGUUGCGAGACCCUCAAGAAGACAGCCAGGGAGGUGGCCCUGACGUACUUCCCAGAGGUGGCCGCGUCGGCUGACCUGAAGGAGCUCUGCGCCUUGGAAUUGAGAGACUACCUCGGGGACGAUGGGCUCUGUGGAGAGGAGGAGAAGGUGUUCGAGGCCUUCAUGGCUUGGGUCAAGCAUGACCUCCAGGCCCGGAAGCGAUACAUGCAGGAGCUGUUCAAGCUCGUCAGGCUUCCGUACAUCCACCCGGCCUUCUUCCACCACUUCAUCGCCAACGACGCCCUCCUUCAGUCCUCGCCCUCCUGCCAGGUCAUCUUGGAGACAGCCAAGAGGCACAUGUUUUCUUUAUAUGGCACCCCCAGUGUCCCAGACCUCCAACCUCCAUGGCAUGUCCCCCCAAGAAACUCUUACCAAGACUUCCUCAUCCUCCUGGGUGGGCGGAAGGACAACCAGCAGACCACCAGGGAUGUUCUGCUGUAUAACAGACAGACUGACCAAUGGCAGAGCCUGGCCAAACUCCCCGCCCGGCUCUACAAGGCCACCGCCGUCACCUUGCACCGCAGCAUCUACGUGCUGGGAGGCGUGGCUGUGGGCGCAGAGAAGAGUGCGCCCAGCCCCCACGUCUACAUCUUCUCCCUGAAGCUCAACCAGUGGAGGCUGGGACGGCCCAUGCUGGUGGCCCGCUACUCCCACAGGAGCACGGCCCAUAAGAGCUUCAUCUUCUCCAUCGGGGGCAUUGGCAAAGGGCAGGAGGUCAUGGGCUCCAUGGAGAGAUAUGACAGCAUCUGCGACGUCUGGGAGAGUAUGGCCAGCAUGCCAGUCGGGGUUCUGCACCCUGCAGUCGCUGUGAAAGACCAAAGACUUUACCUCUUUGGGGGAGAGGACAUCAUGCAGAACCCUGUGCGCCUUAUACAGGUUUAUCACAUUUCCAGAAACACGUGGUUCAAAAUGGAGACGAGAAUGAUCAAGAAUGUGUGCGCCCCUGCGGUGGUGCUUGGGGAGCGGAUUGUCAUUGUGGGAGGUUACACAAGGAGGAUUCUAGCUUACGACCCUCAGUCCAACAAGUUCAUCAAAUGUGCGGACAUGAAAGACCGGAGGAUGCACCACGGGGCUGCGGUGAUGGGGAGUAAGCUGUAUGUGACGGGCGGGCGGCGGCUGACCACGGACUGCAACAUCGAGGACUUGGCCUCCUUUGACUGCUACGACCCUGAGACAGACACCUGGACAUCCCAGGGACAGCUGCCUCACAAGCUCUUUGACCAUGCCUGCCUCACUCUCCAGUGCAUUCCCCACACCUCCACCUUCCCAUGAGGUCGGGGAGAAAUCAAGAAAUCAUCUUAGGCCCUGGACAGUUUGGUUCAGUGGUUACAGCAUCAGCCUGAGGACCAGA